UGCGGUGCAAUCAGACCCGAUCUGAGGAGAUGGGGCCGUCCUGUUGGCCGCCUCUCCGCUGGUGCUGAGCUGUCCUGUCGCCUCCGUCAGCGCCAUGGCGUCUUCGGGCUACACCUGCGUCCCGGACAGCCCCGCAGAAAAGCAGAGACUGCUGUCCUCCAGGUCCGGCUACGGAUCGCAGGAUGUGCUCGGAUGUGCCGGCCUGGCGGACUCCCAGUUCCGCGGGCAGCCGCGGGAUGAAGACGAGGAGGAAGAGGCUCUGAGGAGGAAACUCAAGUACUUCUUCAUGAGUCCCUGUGACAAGUACCACGCCAAGGGGCGCAAGCCUUUCAAACUGGGGCUGCAGCUGCUAAAGAUCAUCAUCGUGACCGUGCAGUUGGUGCUCUUUGGUCUGAGCAACCAGAUGGUCGUGACGUUCAAGGAGGAAAACACGGCGGCCUUUAAGCACCUGUUCCUGAAGGGUUACCAGGACAACCGUCCCCAGGCUGUCCACACUCAGUCGGAGCUGUACGGCCGCAUCGGCUUCAUCGUAAAGCAGUACAUGGCUCUGCCUCAGAUCGCACUGGGCCGGUAUGCAUACGUGAAGGGCGCGGGCGUGAACGGGAGCGCCCUCUCCCUCUGCCAGCGGUACUUCAAGACGGGCGCCAUCGAUCCCGUCAACGACACGUUUGACAUCGACCCCCAUGUCGUCACAGAUUGCAUCGGCCUCGAUCCGACCGCUGGCAGCCCUGUGACAAGAAACGGCGACUACAAGAAUUUCACCCUCCAGUUUUACAAGCUGAUCAAUGUCACCGUUGAUUUCCAGCUGAAGGCCAUCAACAUUCAGACGAUAAUCAAUAACGAAAUCCCCGACUGCUACACCUUCGCCAUCACGAUCGUCUUCGACAACAAAGCUCACAGCGGCCAAAUCAAGAUCCUCCUCCAGAACCAGGCCUCCAUAAAGGAGUGUAAAGACACAAACGUGUCCGGACACGCGGAGAGCUACGUCAGAGAGUUCUUCGACGUGGUGGUGGCGGUCGUCUGCCUGCUGUCGCUGCUGCUCUGCGGCCGCUCCAUCCUCAGAGGAAUCCUCCUUCAACACGAAUACGUUCGGUUUUUCAAGCACAAACUGGAGCGCGCGGUCAGCUGGGGGGACAGGAUGGAGUUCAUCAACGGCUGGUACAUCCUGCUCGUCAUCAGCGACAUCUUUACCAUCGUCGGCAGCUUCAUCAAGAUCGGGAUAGAGUCCAAGACUCUGUCGUCGUACGACGUGUGCGGGAUCCUGCUGGGAACGUCCACUCUGCUGGUGUGGGUGGGAGUCAUCCGCUACUUCAGCUUCUUCCAGAAAUACAAUGUAACCGGACGUUUUCUUCUGCAAGAACCAGCAUGUCGCAUCUUCUCCAUGUGUCGGAUGCUUAGUGAGUCGACGUCUCUCUUCGCACAGAUCCUGAUUGUGACUCUUAGAGCCGCUUUUCCCAACGUCAUCCGCUUCUGCUGCUGUGUGGCUGUGAUUUAUUUGGGAUACUGCUUCUGUGGAUGGAUCGUCCUGGGGCCCUACCACACCAAGUUUCGCUCCCUGUCCACGGUGUCAGAGUGCCUGUUCUCCCUCAUCAACGGGGACGACAUGUUUGUGACGUUUGCCGAGAUGGAGCAGUGCGGCACCCUGGUGUGGGUCUUUAGCCAGGUCUACCUCUACACCUUCAUCUCCCUGUUCAUCUACAUGGUGCUGUCCCUCUUCAUCGCACUCAUCACCGGAGCCUAUGACACCAUCAUGGCCCAAACGAAGGAGCAGGUUCCGGAGACGGACCUGCACGCGUUCAUCGCGCAGUGCACAGACACGCCCAGUUCCGGCAAGUUCCGCGGGGCGGACGGGUCGUCGUGCUCCUUCCCCUGCUGCUGCGAAUGGUGAGGAGGACGACAAAAUGGAUACACACACACACACAAACAUAAAAAAAAAAUUUAAAAAAGGAGGAGUGAGUGACAUCUGCGUCAAAAAGCGAAAGGCUAUUCCAUUUUUUAUUUUAUUUUUUUAAUCUUCAAAGACCCACAUUGCCUCUCCGCUGACAGCUGCACUCCUUUCUCCAGACGCCCAGCAGGGACGCUGGAGGCUGGCAGAGCGAACCGGCUGACCUUGGGCCGCUUUUGUCCUUUGGUGCCAGCGUUUCAGUUUUGGAUUUAAAUUCGUUCGGCACAGUCGCACGUCCGAUUAACCUGCCUCCGUUUUUUUGUACUGUAGGAAUAAUCUGCUGCCUUUCGCUCAGUCUUUUAGGCCUUAGGUUGCCAGACCCGUAGCGCCAGGAAACAGAAAUUCAUCGCUUGAGACUGGAAAUAGGGCUCAUCAACUGGAAUCAGGGCAACUUUUUAACAAAAGCUGGUUUGCUUACUGGUGAGAAAAGAGAAACACUAUCCACAGUGACACGCCCAGAGACGUUCUUGUCGUUACACCCGGUUGCUAUUAGUUAGCUAACCGGCUAUAUUUUCAAUCAGGCAAAUUGUUGUGUUUAUUUGUUUUUUUAAUUUAAAAAAAUAUAACAUUUUACAACAUUUCCACUGUGAAUAACCUCAAUCAGUGAGACUUUGAUUAUCAAAAGCUGUCAAAAUUUGACAAACGGAAGAAAAUGUUUAACGUAGCUAGUUGCUGCAGUUUAAUUGAUAAGAGAGUACUGUAUUUCUAAUUCCAACAGGAAAUGAAGGGAUUCUCUGCAUUUCUUCAUCUAAACAUCUGUUUCCCAUCUUUUCAGUUCUACUAAACCCAAAACAAAGGGCUUCAGGGAGCUGGCUAAUGUAUCAUUACCAUUUCUUUUUCCUUUUUAAACAGGUUUGAGAUAUUUCUUCCCAAAAUACCUGACCUGCAGACAGAAUAAAAGCAAAUUAGCUUUUAUUUUAAGCUAAUUUGCUCUCAGCAUCAACCUUGGCAAACAUUAGCUAGCAGUUAGCAUGUUAGUAACUUUGGAAUGAUUAUUUUAUUACAUUUUAUGAUACUUUGUUAUUUUAAAGGGACAGAGAACAUGUUACUGUCUUAACUCAGAUCUGGACAGAUCUAUGUUUUGGGUGAAUGUUUGUUGAAAUUUUAUAGAUUAUUUUAUGUUCAUGAGUAAGAAGACCUGAACCUAUUUGCAUUUAACUUCGACCCUAUUUUUAUUUUUUUUAAAGUUGUAGAUUAAACAUACAAAAGAAAAAUCCUAUUGCAGCACUUUUAAAAUCGAUCUUUAUUAUUCUGUAGCAUAUUUAAAAAGUGUGAUUUAAGCUAGUUUGCGAUCUCACAGCGUAAAACUUUCCUAACAUUAGCUGGCGUUUAAAAAUGUGCUUACUCUGUGAAAUUUUUACAUUCUUAGUCUUAUUCUCUUUUUGCUCAUUUUAUUGCACAUAUAGAAAAACAGUGUUUUCUCUCAACUUGGUUUGUGUUUGAAUCUAUAUUUUUUCCAUGUUGAGAUUAAACGUAGGCAGUUUUGAUCAUUCUGUUCAUUGUUUUAUAGUUAACUUGAGGAAGUGUGAUAGUUAGUUACUUCAUCUGUCUAUGAAAUGCACUCUUUUGUAUGCCUUUAAAAACAUUUGUUUAUUGAAACUUUUGAACGUGCUCUAAUCAUUCCAGGAUUUUUUUACUUGUUUUCUGUCAUUUGUGGUUUUUAUUGUUGUUGUUUUUUCACUUUAAUUUAAAUUCAUAAACUUCUUUUACAAUCACAAAAGUAAUGAUUGUAGUUGAUUUAUUUGCACAGAAAUAGUAUUGUAAAGCUUUACUUAAUUUGACAGUGGCGCAUCAUAGUUAUGAAGAGCAGAGCGCAUUGUAAAUGUGAUUUAUCAGCCAGUCUGUGUUUAGUUCUAGGAAGGCGUCCUGAUAUUGCUGUGGUUUAACGUCGGCAGCCAUUCCUCACUGUGUUUGUUAGCGUGUACUUCUGCAAUUUUUCAUUUUUACCUCAUUUUCAUAAGAGGCAAUAGCAAAAAGGGAAGCAUUUAGCAUGGAGCGUUUUACUGGGUCCAACUCAGUGUUCUGUACUGAUGCUGUCUUAAUUAUGAGUGCUCAUUUCAGUUAAAUAAACCGAAAAAAAAGGA